AGAAUCCACACUGGGGAGACGUCCUACACCUGCUCUGAGUGCGGGAAAAGCUUCAAUCGGCGCUCUGCCCUUAUCACACCUCAGAGAAUCCAGACUGGGGAGACACCCUAUACAUGCUCUGACUGUGGGAAAAGCUUCAAUCGGCGCUCAAACCUUAUUACACAUCAGAGAAUCCACACUGGGGAGAAGCCCUACACAUGCUCUGAGUGCAGGAAAAGCUUCAGGCUGAGCUCUGACCUUAUCAGCCAUGAGAGAAUCCACACAGGGGAGAUGCCCUACACGUGCUCUGAGUGCGGGAAAAGCUUCAAGCAGAGCUCAAACCUUAUCACACAUCAGAGAAUCCACACAAGGGAGAUGCCCUACACGUGCUCGGAGUGCGGGAAAAGCUUCAAUCAGCGCUCAAACCUUAUUACACAUCAGAGAAUCCACACUGGGGAGAAGCCCUACACAUGCUCUGAGUGCAGGAAA